UUUACAACGUACCGGGUGACGGGAUCGCCGAACAGAUCAAUGAGCUAUUCCUGGGUGCACAUCUAAAUAGCAACGCUGAACAUUGCCGAAUGUUAAUGCUGCCAACAGCUAUUUGUGGUCACUGGUCAUUGUACGUGUGGGAUCUGGAAAAUCACAGAAUUCAUGUCAUGGAUCCGGUGCUAGGGAAGAAAAACCGGGAUGCUCAGCAUGCAGUACACUCGCAAGUAGUUGGAACUUUGCAUGAAAAGUUAUUUGAUUGCAUAGAGGAACUUUUCAAUGGGUUUAAUGAGUCUCGAAGGAACUACAAGAUCGCAUUCUACAACUUCGCACAUGCUGGCGUUGCAGCUGAUGAAGCAGCCUUCUAUGUUUGCCAUUACAUAAAAUGGUUUGAUGGAGACAAAUUAAGAUACACUAUUGAUGAGACCACAAUUAAAAAUGCGCGGAUGUGUACCCUUUACAAUCUCCUGCAUAUGGAAUCCAACAAGGGGUGGACACCUGCGUACAUGUCAAAGAUUGCCUGAAAUUAAAACGGUGAUUGGUAGUAACUUAAAACCGUUGAUAAUAUCUUGAUGUUGCAACAUCUUGGUCCAGUUUGUAGAAUAAUUUAUGUAUCUGGGUGUAAUGUGGAAGUUAUGUGGAUGUGGGUGUCUGAGUGGAGAUUAGUGA